UCGAAAAGGUUGAGACCGAAAAAGACACUUCCGUUCAAAGUGAAAGGAAGAAAGUUGAUUAAUGACUAUGAGUAACAGUCACAGUACUGAUUUCAGAAAAGUUUAUCAUGUGUAAUACCAAUAAAGUUGUUUUGCUCGUUUUUUGUGUAUAUGCUGUUGCAUCUUCAGGCAUAACUGAUGAGUUGGCUUUCACAUAUUUGCGUUGGAAAUUGAAUUUGAACCAAGAAAGACUGAGUGAGAUUGCAAGUGGUCAGAAUAUUGGUGCUACAAGAAGUAACACAUCAAAUAUUCGUCCAGAUUGCAAGGCAUUUAUACAAGAGUUUGGAUUGCGGUCUUCUAGAUUUAUCAAAUGUUCUGUUGAUAAUGCUAGACCAUUUAGGUUUUGUGAGGGAUGCGUUGUACACUACCGAAGAUCAAAGACAGUCUAUAACGAUAUUGUUGAAAAUGAUGAAACUUUAGAUAACUGCCGUAAAGAAUUGUUGAAUUCUGAUCGUGUUCAAGUGAUAACUAGUGUUCAGAGGGACAUUGACAAGAUAUGGGAAAAUGCAGACUGCAAAGAAUGUUUUUCAUCUAUUUCUGAGGAUACUAAUGGCACAGUCCACUACACACUGACAAAAAGAACUGUGCAAUUUCUUACAGUGUACAGAAACUUCACACAUUGCAUACCCAGCAAUAGAACCCACAAUAACACAGUUUGUGAAAAUUGUAACCAGUUUUACAUGGAGAUGAACAAAAUGUUUGAUACAAUGCUGAACGAUCCGUUAUCGCCACAACAUGUUUGUAUGGAUAUAGUAGAUAUGAUGAACUAUACGAGACUGACAUGGGGUGAACAACUGAAGUGUACAAAUGUACACAAGGAGUAUACUGCUGUUCUUACUAUAGCUGUUGGCUUGCUGCUUCUACCUCCAGUAUUUUAUGUGGCUCUUGCAGUGUAUGGAACCAAAAGGACCAGGAACCUCAUUAAACAGAAAAGACUUGCAAUAUUUCAACAUACCAGCACAUAUGGCACAUUAGACAGUCCUCCACUUCCUUCUGAACAUCGUCUAGUAGAUUCAGAAUCACAUGACUCUGCCAACCAAACAGCUGCAAGUAUAGAAUCAUUAGGAUCAGAGGACAAAAAUUCAACUAAAAAUGGAACUUUGAAUAAUAGAACAACAUAUACAUUUGCUUGAAAAUACAUAGAUGUGUCAUUGGUGAUUUGAGUGAAAAUAUUAGGGUACUAUUUUUGAUUACAAUGAAUUAUAAUUAUGUGUAUAUAUAGGGAAGAAUACUAUAUUUGCCAUUUGAACAUGCCAGGUUUUGCAAACGACAGUAUAUAUCAUAAUUAUAAGAAGAACAGAUGUAACAUACAUGUUAAUAUUUAUAAUUUUGUAUCCUCACAUUCUACAGUGAAUUUGAUUGUGAAAAGAAUUGGUUUGUCAAGCGAUUUUUUUUUUCAGCUCACCUGAACUUUGUUCGGGUAGAGUGGAUGGUUUAUCGUCAUCGUCGUAAUUCACCAUGUUUAAUUGAACAUCUCAGAAACAAGUGGUCAGAAUUACAACAAACUUGGUCAGUAGCAUCUUGGUUUGGGCUUCUAUCAAGUUUCUUCAAAAGGUUCACUUUGGUCCCAUUUUGGGGGCUGCCAGAGCAAACAAUAGAAAAACAUUUACACAUCUUUUUCUCAUAAACUGCUAGGUGGAUCUUCAUCAAACUUAAGUCUGUAGCAUCAUUUUAAGGUUCUCUCCAAUUUCUGUUCAAAUGGGAUCAGUGGGCCCAUUUUAGGUGCCACUAGAGCUAAAAAUGAAAAUAUUUUUAUAUGACUUCUCAUGAACUGCUGGAUGGAUUUUCAUCCAGCUUGGUAUAAGGUUCAGUUCCAAUUUUAUUCAAGUUGGAGCAACUGGGCCCUUUUAGGAGCCGCUAGGGAUUUAAAUAAAAAAUCUUUAAUCAACUUCUUCUCAUGAACUGCUUGAUGGAUCUUAGUCUUAAGCAUUAUUAUGAGGUCUUCUUUUUAGCUGACCAGAGGACAAAGUGCUGAAGGUGAGCUAUUGUGACUGGUCAUUGUCCGGCAUCCGGCAUGCAUCAACAUUUGCCUUAACACUCUAGAGGCCACAGGUAUGACCCAAUCAUUAUGAAACUUGCACAGAAUAUUUGUCUUGAUGAUCUCUAGGUCAAAUUGGAAACUGGGUCAUGUUGGGUCAAAAACUAGGUCAGUAGGCCAGAUCAAAUGAAAAGCCUCUCAACAUUCUAGAGGCCACAUUUAUGACCCUAUUUUCAUGAAACUUGGUCAGAAUGUUUAUCUUGAUGACCUCUAGGCCAAGUUUGAAUCUGACCAAUGACACAAAAUCUGGGCAUGAUAACGACCUAAUAGAUUGUCGUAGGAAACAAUAUCUUGCAACUUAAACAUAUAACUCUCAUUCUUGAAGAAGAUUAUCACACCCAAUAUCAGUUUUUUUUUUAAAAACUACUUACUUUGGAUUUUUGUAAAUCCUACUUUUACAGUAUUUUUAAAAGAUGCCCCCUAUUUGAUAGCCUAAAAUAAACACAGGCAUGUGGCAGGAUGAAGUAAACCUGUUUGACAGUAUGAGGUGACCUAUGUCUACUGCAUGUCUACUGCAUGUAGACAUUUCCAAGUGUAUAAGAAUGUACUUCAGAUUAAGUUUAGUGGACCAUAAGUUUGUGUCUUCUUUUCUUUUUAGCUCACCUGAGCACAAAGUGCUCAAAGGUGAGCUUUUGUGACCACCCUGUGUCCGUCGUCUGUUGUUGUGUUGUCCGUCAGUUGUCUGUCGUCAACAAUUUGACUGUUAACACUUUAGAGGUCACAAUUUUGGCCCAAUCUUAAUGAAACUUGGUCAGAAUGUAACCCUCAAUAAAAUCUUGGGCGAGUUUAAUACUGGGUAAUCUGGGGUCAAAAACUUGGUCACCAGGUCAAAUCAAAGGAAAAGCUUGUUAACACUGUAGAGGCCACAUUUAUGACUGUAUCUUCAUGAAACUUAGUCAGAAUUUUAAUCUUGAUGAUCUUUAGGUCAAGUUCGAAUCUGGGUUAUGUGGGGUCAAACACUAGGUCACUGGGUCAGAUCAAAGGAAAAGCUAGGUUACAUUGUAGAGGCCACAUGUAUGACCAUAUCUUAAUGAAACCUGGUCAGAAUGUUAAUCUUAAUGAUCUAUAGGUCAAGUUCAAAUGUGGGUCAGGUGGGGUCAAAAACUAGGUCAAUAGGUCAAAUCAAAGGAAAAGCUUGUUAACACUCUAGAAAACCACUGGGCAGAAUUACACCAAACUUCACAGGAAUGAUCCUUGGGUGGCCCCCUUUCAAAACUGUUCAAAGAAUUGAAUUCCAAGCAGAACUCUGGUUGCCAUGGCAACUGAAAGGAAAAACUUUAAAAAUCUUCUUGUAGAGCCUUGAUAUUUGGCAUGUGACAUCAUCUAAUGGUCCUCUGUGAAAAUUAUUCAAAUUAAACCCCUGGGGUGAAAAAAGGCCCCACCCAGGAGUCACAAGUUUUACAUAGACUUAUAUAGGAAAAAAAUUUAAAAAUCUUCUUGUCUAAACCCACAAGACCUAGGCCUUUGAUAUUUGGUAUGUAGCAUUGCCUUGUGGUCCUCUACCAAGAUUGUUCAAAUUAUAACCCUAGGGUGAAAAGAGGCCCUGCUCCGGGGUCUCAAGUUUUACAUAGACUUAUAUAGGAAAAAAACAUAAAAAUCUUCUUGUCUGAAACCACAAGGCAUAGGCCUUUGAUAUUCGGCAUGUAGCAUUGCCUAGUGGUCCUCUACCAAAGUUAUUCAAAUGAUGCCCCUGGGGUGAAAAGAGGCCCCGCCCAGGGGAUCACUUUUUAUAUGAGUUAUAUAGGAAUAAAUAGUUAAGAAAUUAUCAGAUUAUAUUUCCUAGACUGUUUAAUUAUAAUUACCUGAUGACCCCAAGUGAUUAGGGGUCACUUGACUGUGACCUUGACCUACUGACCUACUUUCUUGUUUUUUAAGAUACAGCCUUGAAAUUUUGAUGACUUGUACAGUUUUGCACACUGAUCUUAAAACUGACUUUCAGUGACCAUGAAUGCGACCUACUGACCUACUUUCUAAUAUUUUAGCAUCAGUUUGCCAUUUUAAACAUAUGGCUCAUAUUACUCAGGUGGGCGAUUCAGGGUCAUCAUGACCCUCUUGUUAUGAUUAUACAGUGUACCACAUUUAUAUAGCACUCUUUUCAUACAAAAUAUGUGCCUUCAAAAGUGCUUUACAAAGACAUAAAGAACACAUACAUACAUGUAUAUACAUGUAAAUACAUUGGUUAAAGACUAAAAGGAAUAGUAAUUAAAACAAGAUCAUCUAUAAGUUAUGCUCAACAUUAAAUUACAUUACAUACACUGUUUAAGGAGAGCAAUCCCUUUCUCAACACAAAACAAACCUGUCAUGAUUUUGUUAUUUUUAGCUCACCUGAGCACAAAGUGCUCAAGGUGAGCUUUUGUGAUAGCCCUGUGUCUUGUUCGUCCAACUGUUAACACUCUAGAGAUCACAAUUUUGGCCCAAUCUUAAUGAAACUUGGUCAGAAUGUUACCCUCAAUUAAAUCUUGGACGAGUUUGAUAUUGGGUCAUCUGGGUUCAAAAACUAGGUCACCAGGUCAAAUCAAAGGAAAAGCUUUUUAACAUUCUAGAGGUCACAAUUUUGGUCCAAUUUUGAUUAAACUUGGUCAGAAUGUUACUCUCAAUAAAAUCUUGGACAAAUUCGAUAUUGGGUCAUCUGGGAUCAAAAACUAGGUCACCAGGUCAAACCUAAGGAAAAGCUUGUUAAGGUGGAAUGCACCCCAAAUUUUUUUACCGAAUUUCGUCCUGAAAUUUAUACUGUAUAAAAUUCAAGAUAUAUGCGAUUGGGCUCCAGUUUUACUUUAUCGCCAUAUUGUUCGUGUUUUAUGCUAUUGUCACAAACAUGGUCCCUGACGUCACUUUUCAUGCAACGCCCAGUUCCGGGUGCUUUCGGUAUUUUUCCUUUCCUGCGCUCUGAAUGUCAUAUAAAUGAAAACUACAAAAUAAUUGUCAUUUUGCAUUCAGAAAAUACUACUGAAUGGUAUAGAAUUCAGCGGAUUAAGAUUUACACCUAGGACGUCAGAGACAAUAUUGUGACGUCAGAACGCAAAAACUCGCAUCAAGUUUUGUUACAAAUUUUGCCUUAAAAUCCAGUUUAUAAAAAAUCGACUCAAUAAAAAAACGUAAAAUUUUGGUAUGUUGUUUCGCAGUGUGUGUACGUCUCGUAGACACAUAAAUACUUAGGGGUUACCGACUUUAAUUUUUCAAUAUUUGACGAUAUUUUACCCCUACCCCAUUAAGACAUGACACGUUUAAUUGUCAUUUUUUAGCUCACCAGAGCACAAAGUGCUCAGGGUGAGCUAUUUUGAUCGCUCACCGUCCGUCCACACUUUCCUUUAAACAACAUCUCCUCCUAAACCAACAGGCCAAUUUUGAUGAAACUUCACAGGGAUGUUCCUUGGAUGGUCUUCUUUAAAAAUUGUUCAAACAAUUGAAUUCCAUGCAGAACUCUGGUUGCCAUGGCAACAGAAAGGAAAAACUUUAAAAAUCUUCUUCUCAAAAACCAGAAGCCCUAGAGCUUAGAUAUUUGGUGUUAAGCAUUGCCUAGUGGACCUCUACCAAAUUUGUUCAAAUCAUGACCCCGGGGUCAAAAUUGACCCCGCCCUAGGGGUCACUUGAUUUUACAUAGGAAAAUCUUAAAAAAUCUUCUUCUCAAAAACCAGAAGCCCUAGAGCUUAGAUAUUUGACAUGUAGCAUUGCCUAGAGGACCUCUACUACAGUUGUUCAAAUCAUGACCCUGGGGUCAAAAUUGACCCCGCCCCAGGGUUCACUUGAUUUUACAUAGGAAAAUCUUCAAAAAUUUUCUAAAAAUAAACAGAAGGCCUAGAGCUUAGAUAUUUCACGUGUAGCAUUGCCUAGUGGACCUCUACAAAAUCUGUUCAAACAUGACCCCCGGGGUUAAAAUUGACCCCGUCCCAGGGGUCACUUGAUUUUACAUAGGAAAAUCUUCAAAAAUUUUCUAAAAAUAAACCAAAAGGCCUAGAUCUUAGAUAUUUGACGUGUAGCAUUGCCUAGUAGACUUCUACAAACUUUGUUCCAUUCAUGACCCCCGGGGUAAACUUGGCCCCGCCCCUGGGGUUACUUGAUUGUACAUCAGAAAAUCUUCCAAAAAAAUUCUAAAAAUCAUCAGUUUGACAUUUGAAACAUGUAGCUCAUAUUACUCUGGUGAGCGAUCCAGGGUCAUCAUGACCCUCUUGUUUUAUCAAAAUAAUCUAAAGAAUAUGCGAAGCUGCAUGUAUUAACGGUAAAUUCGGAAUGAAUUGAUGAAAUGAAUUGACAUGAAAGUAUUGAGAGACAGAUGGUGAGAUUUGCUAAGAAAGUGUUAAAGAAAAAAGUCGAUUUUUUUAAACAUGUAAUAACAUUCAAGUGAUUACGGACCUGAAAUAUCUUAAUGCGAUGUUUGAUAAAGGGUGUAAAUUAUGUAAAUGACAUUUCGCAUCUAAGGAUAUUAUCGAAGAAGACUUUUGAUCAUUGGUUAAUCAACAUGUAUUAUGUGUGUUGAUUCCUUGAAAUGAUUUAUAAUUAUUUAGAUUUAAGUGUUCAGAUUGUGAACACGAAACUACAGUUUCUAUAUCUAUAUCCAGGGCAUCCGGAGAAAGAGAAAUGGCUUUUACUUUUUCCGUACUUCUUAAAUCUGAAAGCUGCAACUGGUGAGGGUUUUAUGAAAUAUUUUCUAGCAUUCAUUAUCAAGUGCUUGUAACUGCACUUGAUCAGAAGGUUCCCGCCAAGAAAUAAAUUAUUUGCAUCGGACCAGCAGUUGUGCUUGAUUGUAAUAAGAAGAAUAAAUUCUCUGCGUUUGACCAGCUGCAAUACUUUAUAGUCAUUUGAAGGUCUUUUUCUAAGAAUAAAGUCUGUUCGCUGGACUAGCUACUCUGCCUUACUUUGACCUCCCUGUCUCGCAUGAAUGAGAUGUGGAGAUUGAUGUCUAAGUUGGUAGAAUUUGUUUCAUGGUUUACAAUAAAUUAAUCUGUGUAAAAAAUAUUAAUUUCAUAUCAGAUAUAGGAUCUGGUAUACUGUUUUCGUGCUGAUAAUACAUGUGAAAUGGAGCAACAGUCCGACAUGCGUCGAUGAAUAUUUCUGGUAAAAUCAGGCAAACCCUCAUAUCAUAAAAUUACAUAAGAACGAAAAUUCUAAAUGUAUAAAACAUGUUUAAGUACCUAUUUUCACGAAAUUAAAUCAUCAGCUGACCGCAUACUAGCUUUUUUACAAAGCUAAGUUAGCAUUUUGCCUUAGACUGAGAAGAUUAGUAACAGAAAAGACAUCUAUUCAUCAAGCUUUGAAUCUGCAUUUUGAAACCAUCAAUAGGAAUAACAAAUGGAUAGUAAAAGUGGAUAAUAUUGUCCAUAAGUACUGACUUGGCCCUUAAUAGAGAAAUAACUACUGCGUAAGAUUCUUUAUAUGAUUUAAAAAAUAUCGCAUGUGCAAGUAGCUGCGGGGACAAAACGAUUAGCCAUCAAUCUAGGAGUUGUGGGUUGUAGUCCUCAGUCUAACAUCUUUUUUUUUUCAAAUUUUAUCUCCAAAUUUUACUGGACGGAAAAUUAAUACACUUACCUGUUUAUUUUUAUGGUUCAUUUAUUGAAAGAAAUAUACGUGUAUUCAAGAUAUUUUGUAGUAAGUGUCGAGUGAAAUCUUUAAAGGUAUCUUAGAUAAAAAGACAAAUUACUUCCGAAAAUAGAAACUACAAGAGAAAACGAUUAGAAUUGGUGAAAAUCAUCGCAAAAGAUAUUGAAAGAAUAAAAGCAAAUACGGUAACAGUUCAUUGAACUUUAAAAAAUGGUCUGCGGUAAUUUCGUACCCGUGGUAACGUGCGUGGAAGUCAAACGGUUAACUGUAAAGGUUAUUUGUGUAAUUUUAGAUCUUUUCAGGAUACAAUAUUGCGUAAAGUAACAAAAACUUCUGAAAAUAUUAGCGAAGAUUGAAGAGUGUCGGUUCAAAUACUUACGGACAAUGUACAAGAUAUACAUUUUGUCAAAGGUGUUUCCUUCACUAGUACAUGGCAUCUGAAGUUGAGAUCGAAUAUAUCGUGAAAAUUUCUUAUAAUAAAUACAUCUGGUUUUUAACACGAACGUGAGUUGUGUAAGUUGAAACACAUUCUUUUUUACUCUUACGUCAUACAGCCACAAACCGUGUGGGGGUGAGGGUAAAGUUAUGUUAUAUUGCGAAAAAUUAAAGUCGGUGACCCCUAAGUAUUUAUGUGUCUACUACACGUACACACAUUGCGAAACAACAUACCAAAAUUAUACGUUUUUUUAUCGAGCCGAUUUUUUUAGCUCACCUGUCACAAAGUGACAAGGUGAGCUUUUGUGAUCGCUCGGCGUCCGGCGUCCGUCCGUCCGUCCGUGCGUGCGUAAACUUUUGCUUGUGACCACUCUAGAGGUCACAUUUUUCAUGGGAUCUUUAUGAAAGUUGGUCAGAGUGUUCACCUUGAUGAUAUCUAGGUCAAGUUCGAAACUGGGUCACGUGCCGUCAAAAACUAGGUCAAUAUGUCUAAAAAUAGAAAAACCUUGUGACCUCUCUAGAGGCCAUAUAUUUCACAAGAUCUUCAUGAAAAUUGGUCAGAAUGUUCACCUUAAUGAUAUCUAGGUCAAGUUCGAAACUGGGUCACGUGGGAUCAAAAACUAGGUCAGUAGGUCUAAAAAUAGAAAAACCUUGUGACCUCUCUAGAGGCCAUAUUUUUCAUGAGAUCUUCAUGAAAAUUGAUCUGAAUGUUCCCCUUGAUGAUAUCUAGGUCAAGUUCGAAACUAGGUCACGUGGGGUCAAAACAUAGGUCAUUAGGUCUAAAAAUAGAAAAACCUUUUGACCUCUCUAGAGGCCAUAUUUCUCAAUGGAUCUUCAUGAAAAUUGGUCAGAAUGUUCACCUUGAUGAUAUCUAGGUCAAGUUUGAAACUGGGUCACGUGGGGGUAAAACUAAGGUCAGUAGAUCUAAAAAUAGAAAAACCUUGUGACCUCUCUAGAGGCCAUAUUUUUCAUGAGAUCUUCAUGAAUAUUGGUCAGAAAUUUCACCUUGAUGAUAUCUAGGUCAAGUUUUGAUACUGGGUCAUGUUGGAUCAAAAACUAGGUCAGUAGGUCUAAAAAUAGAAAAACCUUGUGACCUCUCUAGAGGCCAUAUUUCUAAAUAGAUCUUCAUGAAAAUUGGUCAGAAUGUUCACCUUGAUGAUAUCUAGGUCAAGUUCGAAACUGGGUCACGUGCGGUCAAAAACUAGGUCAGUAGGUCUAAAAAUAGAAAAACCUUGUGACCUCUCUAGAGGCCAUAUUUUUCAAUGGAUCUUCAGGAAAAUUGGUCAGAAUGUUUACCUUGAUGAUAUCUAGAUCAAGUUCGAAACUGGGUCACGUGGGGUUAAAAACUAGGUCAGUAGAUCUAAAAAUAGAAAAACCUUGUGACCUCUCUAGAGGCCAUAUUUUUCAUGAGAUCUUCAUGAAUGUUGGUCAGAAUGUUCACCUUGAUGAUAUCUAGCUCAGGUUCGAAACUGGGUCACGUGGGGUCAAAAACUAGGUCAGUAGGUCUAAAAAUAGAAAAACCUUGUGACCUCUCUAGAGGCCAUAUUUCUCAAUGGAUCUUCAUGAAAACUGGUGAGAAUGUUCAGCUUGAUGAUAUCUAGGUCAGAUUCGUAACUGGGUCAUGUGCGGUCAAAAACUAGGUCAGUAGGUCGAAAAAUAGAAAAACCUUGUGACCUCUCUAGAGGCCAUAGUUUUCACGAGAUCUUCAUGAAAAUUGGUGAGAAUGUUCACCUUGAUGAUAUCUAGGUCAAGUUUAAAAGUGGGUCACGUGCCUUCAAAAACUAGGUCAUUAGGUCAAAUAAUAGAAAAAGCUUGUGACCUCUCUAAAGGCCAUAUUUUUCAAGGAUCUUCAUGAAAAUUGGUCAGAAUUUUUUAUCUUGAUGAUAUCUAGGUCACAUGUGCUCAAAAACUAGGUCACUAUGUCAAAUAAUAGAAAUAACGACGUCAUACUCAGUUCAACACUUGGUCAUGUGGGGAUAGGUGAACGAUUCAGGACCAUCAUGGUCCUCUUGUAUAAACUGAAUUUUAAGGCAAACUUUUUAGCAAAACUUGAUGUGAUUUUUUUCCGUUCUGACGUCACAAAAUCGUCACUGACGUCCUAAGCGUCGAUUUCAUUUCACUGAAUUUUAUACCAUUGAGUAGUAUUUUCUGUUUUCAAAAUGAACAUUAUUUUGUAUUUUUCAUUUAUAUGACAUUCAGAGCGCAGGAAAGGAAGAAUGCCGAAAACACUCAGAACUGGUCGUUGCACGAAAAGUGACGUCAGGGGCCAUGUUUGUGACACAAUAGCAAAAAACACGAACAAUAUGGCGAUAAAGUAAAACCAGAACUCAAUCGCAUAUAUCCUGAAUUUUGUACAGUAUAAAUUUCAUGACAAUAUUCGGCAAAAAAAUUUGGGGCCCAUUCCACCUUAACACUCUAGAGGCCACAUUUAUGACCAUAUCUUUAUGAAACUUGGUCAGAAUGUUAAUCUUAAUGAUCAUAAGGUCAAGUUCCAAUCUGGGUCAGGUGGAGAAAUUUUGAAACUAUGCCAGAGUCUUAAUCUUGAUGAUCUUUAGGUCAAAUUCGAAUCUGGGUCAUGUGGGGUCAAAAACUAGGUCACCAGGUCAAAUCAAAGGAAAAGCUUGUUAACACCAUAUAGGCCACAUUUAUGACCAUGUCUUUAUGAAACUUGGUCAGAAUGUUAAUCUUAAUGAUCAUAAGGUCAAGUUCCAAUCUGGGUCAGGUGGGUUCAAAAACUAGGUCACCAGGUCAAAUCAAAAGUAAAGCUUUUUAACAAUCUAGAAGCCACAUUUAUGAUUGUUUCUUCAUGAAACUUGGUCAGAAUGUUAAUCUUGAUGAUCUUUAGGUCGAGUUCAAUUCUGGGUCAUGUGGGAUCAAAAACUAGGUCACUAGGUCAGAUUAAAGGAAAAACUAGUUAACACUCGAGAGGCCACAUUAAUUUAUGACCAUAUCUUAAUGAAACUUGGUCAGAAUGUUAAUCUUGAUGAUCUUUAGGUCAGUAGGACCGGUGAGUGAUACAGGGCCUUCAUGGCCCUCUUGUUGUUUGUUUGUUUGUUUUGGGUUUAACCCCAUUUUCAACAGUAUUUCAGAUUUUGUUAUUUUAUAUAACAUGUGUGAAAGAGAUGCAUUUUCAAAGAUUUUUUAAAUGCUGACAGUUAAAUAUAUAGCUUGAAUCUCUGAUGCUUGCUGGGAGGGCAUUCCAAAGCUUUGGAGCUGCGUUGUUGAGACUUCUGUCACCAUACUUUAUUGUUCGACUUCUCGUUACAACCAAAGACACUGGGCCAUUUGCCGACCUUAAGUCUCUACAAGGGUUGUACAGCAUAUCAACAAUGUACUUGGGAGAUUCAUGUGCAUGGCUUUGUAUAAAAGUGUCAAGAUUUUGAACUUUAUUCGAACCGGAAGCCAAUGCAACUCCUUCAAGACUGGUGUGAUGUGAUUGUAUCACGGAGUCUUGGUUAUGAUGCGGGCUGCUGUGUUUUGUACACAUUGAAGUUUUUGCAGUGUGUCUUUGGAAAUUCCAUACAGCAGCGAGUUACCGUAGUCUACUUUCGAUGGAACCAGAGAGUUCACAAGAGACUUGGUAGCAUCAGCUGUGAUGCACUGCCUAAUGUGCCUUAUUUGCAAAAGUUGUGCAUAACUAGCUCUACAUAGAGAGUUACAUGCUGUGUCAUGACUAUGUUCGAAUCCAUUCUAGCACCUAGAUUCUUCACACAAAUUGAUUGUUUAAUCCGAGAGGGUCCUACUUUCACACAGAUAUCUUCAGAUAUUUUUGUGUGAUUUAUGUGAAACAAAAUGACCUCAGUUUUGUCAGUAUCGAGCUUGAACAGCAAGAGACUAUGAGACAGAUUUCAAUUCGAGAUAGGGCUUAAUGUUGGUAGGAAACAUUUCUUGGCUUAAACGCCACACGAAUAGUUGUGAGUCAUCAGCAUAAAAGUGAUGAUUCAGUCCAAUUGCAUCAAUUUGAUAAAGGGAAGGGCAAUGUUUUUCUAAAACUUAGACAUUUGCUUUUAGCUCACCUAAACCAAAGGCACAGAGUGAACUAUUGUGAUUGCUCACCGUCCGGCAUCUGGCCGGCCGUCCACACUUUCCUUUAAACAACAUCUAAACAACCAAGCCAAUUUUAAUGAAACUUCACAGGGAUGAUCCUUGGAUGGAAUUCUUUAAAAAUAUUCAAAGAAUUGAAUUCCGUACAGAACUCUGGUUGUCAUGGCAACCAAAAGGAAAAACUUUAAAAAUCUUCUUGUCCAAAACCACAAUGCCUAGGGCAUUGAUAUUUGGUAUGUAGCAUCAUCUAGUGGGCCUCUACCAAGACUGUUCAAAUUAUCCCCCUAGGGUCAAAUAUGGCCCCACCCUGGGGGUCACAUUGUUUAUAUAGACUUACAUAGCGAGGGCUGACUGGGAAACUAUUGUAUCUGACAUUUUGACCAAAACUGGUUUUAUUGCAUUUUCUUAAGCCUUUUAUUGUUAUGCAUCUACUGCAAAAACAUUUCCUAUUACAGUUUCAAUUUGAAAAAAUAUUAUUUGUGACAUUAUGGUCUGUAAUUUAAACACCAAACAAGGAGAAAACUUGUUAUUGUUGUUUAGAUUUUAUGUGAAAAUUAAAGAACUAAAAUAAAUAAUAGUUUACAUUAACAUUUUCACAUAAUGUGAUACAGAUACAAUAGUUUCACAGUAACUGCAAAGACACUGGUUAUAAAACAAGAGGGCCAUGAAGGCCCUGUAUCGCUCACCUGACCUAUUGACCUAAAGAUCAUAAAGAUUAAAAUUCUGACCAAGUUUUAUUAAGAUAUGGUCAUAAAUGUGGCCUCUAAAGUGUUAACUAGCUUUUCCUUUGACUUGACCCGGUGACCUAGUUUUUGACCCCACAUGACCCAGAUUCGAACUUGACCUUAAGAUCAUCAAGAUUAACAUUCUGACUAAGUUUCAUGAAGAUACAGUCAUAAAUGUGGCCUCUAGAGUGUUAACAAGCUUUUCUUCUGAUUUGACCUAGUGACCUAGUUUUUCACCCCACCUGACCCAGAUUUUAAUUUGACCUAAAGAUCGUUAAGAUUAACAUUCUGACCAACUUUCAUUAAGAUAUGGUCAUAAUUGUGGCCUCUGGAGUGUUAACUAGCUUUUCCUUUGAUUUGACCUGGUGACCUAGUUUUUGACCCUACUUGACCCAGAUUCAAACUGGACCUUAAGAUCAUCACAAUUAACAUUCUGACCAAGUUUCAUGAAGAUACAAUGGUAAAUGUGGCCUCUAGAGUGUAAACAAGCUUUUCCUUUGAUUUGACCUGGUGACCUAGUUUUUGACCCCAGAUGUCCUAAUAUCAAACUCAUCCAAGAUUUUAUUGAGGGUAACAUUCUGACCAAGUUUCAGUAAGAUUGGAUCAAAAUUGUGACCUCUAGAGUGUUAACAAGCUUUUCUUUUGAUUUGACCUGGUGACCUAGUUUUUGACCCCAGAUGACCCAAUUUCAAACUCGUCCAAGAUUUUAUUGAGGGUAACAUUCUGACCAAGUUUCAUUAAGAUUGGGCAAAAAUUGUGACCUCUAGAGUGUUAACAGUCAAAUUGUUGAUGUCGACGAUUGACGGAUGACAGGGCGAUCACAAAAGCUCACCUUUGAGCACUUUGUGCUCAGGUGAGCUAAUAAAAUGUUGUAUCUGUAAUCCUUCAUGCAAACAAUGAAGACCCUGAUCAUACGUCAUGUUCUGUUGUGUCUGAUGUUGGUCUUCAGUGUUUGCCAAAGUCCUCUUUUGUAGAUGCUAGGCAUGAAUUGUUUAAACAAAGCCUGUCCAGAAAUGUUUCCGAGGUAACCAAGAUGUUUCUACCAAGGUAUUUCAAGCUGUUCUUAAAAUCACUUCUUUUACAUACAUUUAUGUAGGAAAAGAUUUAAAAAUCUAGUCUAAAACCAAAAAGCCAACAGCAACUAUAUUUGGUAAAUUGGUAUCACUGAGGUGAGUGUUUCAUGACCCUGUGGAUCCUCGUGUUAUUUUUAUUGUUAUCCCCCGACGAAAGUCGGAGGGAUAUAGUUUUGGCGUUGUCCGUCCGUCUGUCCAUCCGUCCUUCCGGAGCCAUAUCUAUGAAAUGGUUGGGAAUAUUUAUUUAAAACUUCAUAUACCUGUUCACCACUAUGAGUUCUUGCGGCCCGUCAAGUUUCAGUCAAAUUGCCCAAGUAACACCAGAGUUAUGGCCCUUAGAAAUUUCUAGUGUUAACUAUAUAGGGUACUAUAAAUAUGGCAAUUUCUGCAUCAUAAUUUUUGAUAUAUUUGACCUAGAACUAUGAAACUUAAACAGAAUUUAGAUCAUCAUAAUGUGGUUGUGUACACACAAUUUCGUUCGGAUUUAUUUGUAAAUUAAGAGUUAUUGCCCUUUAAUUGUAUAAAAAUCCACAUAUUUGUACAUAACAAACUAACCAUUUGGUAGAAUUUCAUUAAAUUUCUUUCAUUCUUUUCCAUGAAAAUUUAUUGUAAACAUGUGAAGUUGUGUACCCACACCUGGUCACCCCCUUACCUUGAUCACACCCCCCCCCCCCCCCCCCCCCCCCCCCCCCCCCCCCCCCCCAAAAAAAAAAAAAAAAAAAAAAAAAAAUUCCUUAUUUAAAUUUUUUUAAACAAACUUCAUAUACAUGUUCACCACUGUGAGGUUAUGGGGCCCAUCAAGUUUCAGACAGAUUGCCCAAGUAAUGCCAGAGUUAUGGCCUUUAGAAGUUUCCAGUGUUAACUCUAUAGGGUACUAUAGAUCUAUAGAUAUGGCAAUUUCUGCAUCAUAACUUUUGAUAUAUUUGACCUUGAACUAUGAAACUUUAACAGAAUUUAGAGCACUGUAAUGUGGUUGUGCAUACACAAUUUCGAACGGGUUUCUUUUGUAACUUCAGAGUUAUUGCCCUUUAAUUUUCUAAAAAUACACAUAUUUGUACAUAACAAAUUUACCAUUUGGCAAAAUUUCAUUAAAUUUCUUUCAUUCUUUUCUGUGAACAUUUAUUAUAAACUUGUGAAGUUGCGCACCCACACCUGGUCACCCUCUUGCCUUGGUCACACCCCCCCCCCCCCCCCCCCCCCCCCCCCCCCCCUCAACUUCACCCUUUUACCCUUUUUUUUUUCAUUUUUAAUUUUCCAUCAGUAUUUAUAAUCAACAUGUGAAAUUUUGUUUCCUCUCCCGUUCCCCUGUUCCCCCACCCCCUAAAAAAAUAUAUAUAUUAAGUUGUGACUGCACAAACCUUGUCCUCAGCCAUGUUCAAGAUAUCUUACCUGUGUUCUCUUAAGAACAUCUGUUCUUUUAAGUUCAAAUGUACAUGUUAAACAGCAACACCUGGUGUCAAACCACUCAAAGACAAUAUUUCUUUCCAGUUUAACUUCAAGCUCACAUUUCAAUUAACUGCAUUUAAUUUUAAAAGCUAAGCUUAUUACAGUAAGCAUAUCCCAUUCAAAAUAAAUUCUUUAGUCAGGAUCAAAGUAUCAUACAUUUAUUAUGUACUCUUUUAUUAAACAUUUGUUUUCUGUUAAAUUGAUUUUGACUAAUGAAAUUAUUUGCUUCUUAUUAACAUCCUGAACUUUCUGCCGGAUAUAUUUUUUUGCCAUUCCUCACCAUAAACCCUUUGGCGGGGGAUACCAAUUCAUCAAAUUUGCUUGUUGGAAAAUUGUAAUUAUUUUUAGCUCACCUGUCACAAAGUGACAAGGUGAGCUUUUGUGAUCGAGCGGCGUCCGUCGUCCGUCCGUCCGUCCGUGCGUGCGUGCGUCCGUAAACUUUUGCUUGUGACCACUCUAGAGGUCACAUUUUUCAUGGGAUCUUUAUGAAAGUUGGUCAGAAUGUUCACCUUGAUGAUAUCUAGGUCAAGUUCGAAACUGGGUCACGUGCCGUCAAAAACUAGGCCAGUAGGUCUAAAAAUAGAAAAACCUUGUGACCUCUCUAGAGGCCAUGUAUUUCACAAGAUCUUCAUGAAAAUCGGUCAGAAUGUUCACCUUGAUGAUAUCUAGGUCAAGUUCGAAACUGGGUCACGUGGGGUCAAAAACUAGGUCAGUAGGUCUAAAAAUAGAAAAACCUUGUGACCUCUCUAGAGGCCAUAUUUUUCAUGAGAUCUUUAUGAAUAUUGGUCAGAAUGUUUACCUUGAUGAUAUCUAGGUCAAGUUCGAAACUGGGUCAUGUGGGGUCAAAAACUAGGUCAUUAGGUCUAAAAAUAGAAAAACCUUGUGACCUCUCUAGAGGCCAUAUUUCUCAAUGGAUCUUCAUGAAAAUUGGUCAGAAUGUUCACCUUGAUGAUAUCUAGGUCAAGUUUGAAACUGGGUCACGUGCGGUCAAAAACUAGGUCAGUAGGUCGAAAAAUAGAAAAACCUUGUGACCUCUCUAGAGGCCAUAUUUUUCAAUGGAUCUUCAGGAAAAUUGGUCAGAAUGUUUACCUUGAUGAUAUCUAGGUCAAGUUCAAAACUGGGUCACGUAGGGUUAAAAACUAGGUCAGUAGAUCUAAAAAUAGAAAAACCUUGUGACCUCUCGAGAGGCCAUAUUUUUCGUGAGAUCUUCAUGAAUAUUGGUCAGAAUGUUCAUCUUGAUGAUAUCUAGGUCAGGUUUGAAACUGGGUCACGUGGGGUCAAAAACUAGGUCAGUAGGUCUAAAAAUAGAAAAACCUUGUGACCUCUCUAGAGGCCAUAUUUCUCAAUGGAUCUUCAUGAAAACUGGUGAGAAUGUUCAGCUUGAUGAUAUCUAGGUCAGAUUCGUAACUGGGUCAUGUGCGGUCAAAAACUAGGUCAGUAGGUCGAAAAAUAGAAAAACCUUGUGACCUCUCUAGAGGCCAUAUUUUUCACGAGAUCUUCAUGAAAAUUGGUGAGAAUGUUCACCUUGAUGAUAUCUAGGUCAAGUUUAAAAGUGGGUCACGUGCCUUCAAAAACUAGGUCAUUAGGUCAAAUAAUAGAAAAACCUUGUGACCUCUCUAGAGGCCGUAUUUUUCAAUGGAUCUUCAUGAAAAUUGGUCAGAAUUUUUUUAUCUUGAUGAUAUCUAGGUCACAUGUGCUCAAAAACUAGGUCACUUUGUCAAAUAAUAGAAAUAACGACGUCAUACUCAGUUCAACACUGGGUCCUAUGGGGAUAGGUGAGCGAUUCAGGACCAUCAUGGUCCUCUUGUUUUCAGAAAGAACUUGGCUUAUAAAGCUUCAAAUUUAAUUUCCAUUUUGCAGAAAAUUAAUGCUGAAUACUAUUACAUAAUUGAGCCAUGUCACGCAAAAAAGAGUCUUCAUGACUGAGUAAAUUUCUGACAAGACUUUGUGUAGAUCCAGGCUUUCCUGUGCCUCAAGGUUGUUGAAAUAGGAUCAGAAAAUUGCUUCUUGAAAAAGUUUAGGUCUUUUGUUACUUAGCAAACACUGUGGGCCCUGAUCAGACUGAUCUGGGCCCACACUGGUUGCAAAGUCUGAAGAUUACCGAACGCAGUUGUAAGCGUGACGUGGCUCUAUUAUAACCAGGUUAAUUCAUACAGUCAUGGCUUACACUGAAUGGCUAUGGACUUAAUUUUGUACAUACUUUAAUGAAAAUAUAGAAGAUGGAUGCAGCCAUGUGUCAUUCUGUAAUAUGACAUAUGGCUUGCCUUGUUGCUUUUUCCUGUCCUUUACUUUUGAAUUCCUGUCCUUUACUUUUGAAAAUGGCAGCAUGACCAAAUUAGGUCAAUGAUGCAUUACCAUAAAAGUUUCUUUUGUGACUCCUCCCUGAUUAUGCUGUUCUGUCACAUGGGAGGGUUGUAUGCUUUGGAGAGGGUAAGGACAUGAAAAAAUGCCAAAGUUACUACAUUCUGUAUUAAUUUAUCGCACCUGCGUGUGGUAAUGUGCUUGCUUUCUGGCUUUUCAUUUUGCUGUCUGUUAUUUUUGAAAUUUUAGUCUAAAUAUUGAUAAAGUUGAUUGAAGUUAUUGUAAUAAACUGAAGUUCUGUUAGAAACA